AUGCCCACACUCGACAUCCAGUUCUACCCACAUCUCUUCGACGAGAUUGUCGGCUACGUCCAUGCCGCCGACGACAUCAGCACGCUGUCGGCCCUGCGUGCGGCGGGGAGAGCGUCCAAGGCGAUCGUUGAUGGGCUGCUCGCGUCGCACAUGGUUGUCUCUGGCGCGCACCCAUGCACGCGGUACUACCAGGUCUGGUCCGAACAGUGGGCGCGCGGCAACCGCGACGUGCGCGCGAUCGACGUAUUUCCCUACGACGACGAGAGCACGGGACAGGGGACGUGCGCCUCCUUCCUGCGCAACUGCAAGCCGCAUUACUUGCGGCUCUACGGACAGCGGUCGGUGCCAUUCGCACCAUCACUGCGCGCGCUGAUCAAGGUGAUGAGCUACUCGGCGCCGCUCGAGUAUCGUCCCUUCUUGUUGCCCUGUGCGCACAAUGUGAUGGUCCUCGACGCCCACGUCGCCGCCUCGCUACAGUUCUUCGACAUUGAGCCAUGCGGCAAGGCCCACCUCACGUUGAGCCUGUCGUCGUUCUUCGCGGCCGGGCCUGAUCUCGGUCCGCGGGACCGCGCCGUCGUGUUCUCGACGCUGAACAACGUGGUGCGCUGGGCCGAAGACCAGCUCGAGCUCUACCCGGGGCUGACGAUUGCUUUUCUCGGUCUCGAACGGCGGAAACGCGGCUUCGCGUACCAGUCCACCUGGCAGGCGGUACAUGAUGAUCGCAUGAUUGCGUGGGCGUCCGAGAUCGUGUUCGACAUGCACGUCGACUAUGCCGAGCGCAUGAGCUUCCUCUCGCACUCGUCUUUCCGCGCCAAGGUCGGGGACGAGAUGUACCGUCUCGUUGUGGACACCUAG